GCAGGAUCCGUCAGUCCCGUAAUCACGCAAGUCCUCUGGUCACGGUCUAGGAUAUCAGAAUUGAAACUCGGGGGACAGAGACACUGGUAGGUAUAAAUGAACUUUGGUCAACCAGACAUAAUCAGGGAAAGGAGCUGCCGAUUCAGAAUCAGAAUUACUUGACAUUCCUGGCCAUCGAAGACGCCAAAAUGGUCUGGAGUAAGAACGUCGUCACUUGUCCCGGGCACAACUGCAUACCUAUCUCCACCCCGCUCCCGGCCCAGAAAGUCGCAGUUGAGGUCAAGACAUUUCGAGGAGAGGAAGCUGGAGAUGCAAAUUCGGACUCAGGCUUGUGGGUCCCAAUGUUACGUAGUGCGGAAUGUUGCAUACGAAGACUGGGAUAUAAGUUUGAAGGUUACAGCACCAGGGUGAUCUCGGUCGGGGAUGACGAAGCACGGCGGUCGAGGAGCAGCGAUGCCACCUCGAACGGCUGCAGGACGUCUGGAAUAAGGGGCGCAACCGACACUGGAGACAAUAUGAAUCGCGGACUCAUUCUCGUACGGCUCUGCCAGAGGACUCAGGCGGGUCCUUCCCCUCCACACACCCACAGACUCUCAUCGUUUCGCUACCCCCAUGUCCUCCACGACCUGGUACCAUUACGACACCCCAUGAUCCGCAAACUUGACGUCCAAGCCUUGGGAGCGCGAGGCGCCCUGCCAAAGAAAAACCUCGACACAGCCGGGAGAGCCCUCAGCUCCACAUACAUACUUGCCGGGACCCGAACAAGGGGCCAGUGCCGGCGCAAACCACCUAUCACUGGCACAACGCUAGAACCCGCACCGCAUUUCCUCCCGCCUUUGACGUCAACAUUCCUCAGAUCCAUCCCUGGGGGACGUACGAUUGCUGAGAGCCGAAUACGAGCGGGGCCGGGCAUGCAGUGCACGCACCCGGACCCGAGGCGACGAGCCAAGUCAUACCACCGGGGCGCAGGCGUUCGGGGUCCCGCAUGA